ACAUCGCGUUUUCAAAUAACCCCCCGACCUCUCUGAUCCCCCGACACGACGUCGUUGCGGCCGCGAUGGCGGUACUCUACACUCUCGUGGCGCGUGGAUCGGUCGUCCUCGCUGAGUUCAGCGCCGCCGCGACCAACGCAUCCGCCAUAUCCCGCCAAAUUCUCGACAAAAUUCCCGGCGACAGCGACACGCACGUCUCCUAUUCCCAAGAUCGCUACAUCUUCCACGUCAAGCGCACCGACGGCCUCACCGUCCUCUGUAUGGCCGACGAGACCGCCGGCAGGAGGAUGCCGUUUUCGUUUCUUGAAGACAUCCACCAGCGAUUCGUGAGGAGCUACGGCCGCGCCGUGCUGACGGCUCAGGCCUACGGCAUGAACGACGAGUUUUCUAGGGUUUUGAGCCAGCAGAUGGAGUACUACUCCAACGAUCCUAAUGCCGAUAGGAUUAAUCGCCUCAAAGGCGAGAUGAGCCAGGUGCGUAAUGUGAUGAUUGAGAACAUUGAUAAAGUGUUGGAGAGAGGUGAUCGGCUGGAGUUGCUGGUUGAUAAGACUGCUAAUAUGCAAGGGAACACUUUUCGAUUCCGAAAACAAGCUCGCCGCUUUAGAAGCACUGUUUGGUGGAGAAACGUUAAGCUCACGAUCGCAUUGAUACUUGUUGUGCUAGUGGUAAUCUAUGUCGUGCUGGCUUUUGUUUGCCAUGGCCUUUUACUACCCACCUGCUUGGGUUGAUUGUGGGACUCGAGUCGGGGUGGAAUGUGUGCUUUCUCUCUUCAGAUUUGUGUCUCCUGGGCGUAUGGGAUUCUUCCAGUAGUGUCAGAUUUGAAGUGUUUAUGUGUGUGUAGUCUUCUUGAUUCAUUCAGGUUGUAAUUUCCUUUUUCCUUUGGCCAAAAGGCUCUUAUGUUUCUUGAAACUAUAGCUUGAUGGGUUCAUAUUUAUUGAGGUUUAUAUGGAGUUCUGUUGCAGAGUACAACUCUGAUGUUUA